GGUGUCUUCAGCUUUAUUAUAUUUCGUUUUUCCUCUCCAUCGUCGCGUUUGUCCUCCUCUGCUGUCCGACGCGACUGUCCAUCGUCGUCGAACACGACCGCCUUCUUGCGCCGUCAGUUACUGCUCAUUAUUAUUUCCGCGACAACGAUGAAGCGCAACACAUGUCUUUGGGUGGUUCUCACCACUUACCUGGUUCAACAAUGCUCCUGUCAGACACAACUCAAGUCGUCCAACGUACAGGAAGACCCGUGCAAAGCCAAAAACAAGGUAGUAGCCGAUGCGGCUUACUGCGAUCGUUACUGGGAAUGCGUGGACGGUCAGCCUGAACUGUACGACUGUCCGAACGGUCUGGUUUAUGCGGGCAAAAACAGGGGCGUCACCGAGGGAUGCGACUACCCGUGGAGGGCGGACUACUGCGAGGGCAAAACUCAAGCCAACGGUCCGAUAGCCCGAGAACACUGCGAUUGGCUGUACGGAAUAUUCGGUCAUGAGACGUCUUGCACGCGAUACUGGACUUGCUGGAACAGCACCGCCACCGAGCAGCUGUGCAUCGGCGGAUUGUUGUACAACGAGAAAACUCACUCUUGCGACUGGCCCGAAAACGUCGAUGGAUGCCAGAAACACCCUCUCUGCAACGAAGACGCCAACGGAAACGUGCCACUGGGCAAGUCGUGCAACAGGUAUUGGCAGUGCCAGGGAGGUUACCCGAGGCUGCAGAGGUGUCCGGCCAUGUUGGUGUUCGACAGGCGCACGCUGAGGUGCGUCGUGCCGCCCACCGAAGAUUGCGAAGUGCCGACCACACCGGCCCCGUCACCGGACGACUUGCCGUCCAACGAGGACGACGGCGAAGAGAACGUGCCGCAACAAGCUAAGGCCACCGCCGCCCCGGCACCGCAGCAACAGCGAAGCCAGCAACAGCAGCAACAGCAACCGCAACAACUUCAUCAGCGACAGGGCGGUCAGCCGCAGCAGAGACAGCAGUUCCAGCAGCAACAGCAACAGCCGCAACAACAACAGUUGCCCGCCGCCACGCAACAACAGCAACAGCAGCAGUUGCCGCAACAACAACAGUUCCAACAGCAACAACGGGCUCAGUUCCAGCCACCCGCGGCUAGAACCGUUCAACAACCGCAACAGCAACAGCAACAACAGUUUGUGCCACAACAGAGGGCACAACCACAACAGUUCCAAUUGCCCCCGUUGCCGAUUCAACAACAACAACAACAACAACAACAACAACACACCGUGCAGAGGAGAGAAAACACUCCGGUAUCGUACGGCGGCGCCGAAGACGAUGUCGGCGACGACGACGACAACGUACCGGUCGCGUUUUCCGAACACUAAACACAAUUAUUGCACUGUACAACUAACGUCGAUACACCUACACACACACCUACACAUUUAGUAUAUUAUUAGAAUAUAUAUAUUAUAUAGUUCAAAACAAAAACGAAUAUUACCUACGUUUAGUACAUCGAAAAUAUAAUCCGAUUCUCGAUUCCUCUGUCAGAAAUGAUUUUAUUCGUAUACUUAACUACCUACAACAAUAUAGGUCGAUUUUUCGAAUUAACUUUCCGCUAUAGGCGACUUUUCGAGGGUAGUCACGCAAACGUAUUAGAUACCAUACAUAAAGACCGCCAUAAAAAUUACACGUCAAUAGUCAUAUCGAGUUUCGUCGAGAUAUCGAGUAUUCAAAGAUAACGAAUUUUCUCAGUUUCUGUAUCUUCGUUUGCGGUCGGUAAACUACGUUUUAAGGUCGUAUCUACAGGUUCUUUUUU